ACGACGUUCCCUUUGCCAUUCACAGCCGCACGUAAAGAAACGCACACAAACACUCGACACCUGCGAACGCCUGCGGACGCAGGCAUUCACCCAGACCAAACACAGCUGUGAAAGAGUGUGAACGAGGCCUGUGUUGUUUGUGUGUGUGUGUGUGUGUGUGUGUGUGUGUGUGUGUGUGAGAGAGAGAGAGAGAGAGAGAGAGAGAGAGAGAGAGAGAGAGAGAGAGCGUAGUGACGGCAACAGUGGAGUCGUAGGCAGCUUGUCCAGAACAAAGGUCUCCCCGACGAUUUAAAACUGUGCAGUAGGCUCAGGGGUGUUCUCUGUCUCCCACUGAGUUGCCAGGCAAUUGUAUGACAAGAGGUGCCAUCAAGUUGGUGGCCUAUCUCCUGCCCCUCUCUGCUACGGAGCUCUGCGCGAUAGGUCACUGUCCUCUUUCUGCAUCUAAUUUUUCCUGUCCUUGACUCUGCAUAUUUCAGGAACGCCCACUUGACUUCUGAGAUCACGUCAUUGAUAUGUUGGUGAUCUGGGGAGGAUUUGUGGUUGGGAUAGGUUGUGCCAGGUGAUUGAUCAUGUUUCAUCCUUCUUGGCGAAUCUUUCAGUUCGCAAAGCGAUGCUUUUGACACGUGUUUCAUUAGCCGUUUUUAAUGGUUGCUGUGUUGCCUUCUCCAAAUAGCAUGCGGGGCUUCUGGUGAUCCUUUCCCCCUUUAAGAUUCACUUAUCCUUGGUAAACAUUGCCGUGGAUAGCGAAGAGCCUUAGAAAACCUCUGUUGGAAAUUCAAUCGUCAAUUGUCUUUUUUAAGGUUACUUCUUCUGACUCUGGUCACAGUGUGCUUUGAAAUAAUAGCGCGUAUCGGGACUCACACAGGCGCUGCGCUGUCUGUCCGUGCAGUUGUCUAGGCCAUUAGAAGGCAAUGUGAUCUGACGUGAACGUCUGGUCUGAGGCUUAGCUGUAGGGAGCUUGCUUGAAGUGCCAGCAGGACCCAGCACUCCUCAGUGGUUCAUUCUGUAUUCUGUACAGGCUGUUUGGUGAAGAGUUUGCUCGAGGAGAAAACCCAUCCUUUGUUUGAUCAUUCCAUGUUACCCCAAUCAGACAACAGGUCAAGAAAAGCUACUUGAGUCUCUGCAGUUCUGACGGAAGGUAGAACCGACUUUCCUCAAGGCACCGGUGUGAAAGCACUUUUUGAUGCAGUUGUGGAUGGUGGUCGAUUAACCUCACGAGUCUCCACUCUGGGAAUUAAUCAUUGUCAAGCUGUGUGUGCUGCGUACAGCUGUACACCGAGUUCACUCUGGAAUCGUAUUACAUUCGGGAUAAUCAUGGGAGUGAUCAGCUUCCUUCGAAGCGUGGUCUUGCAGCUCUUCCUGAUGGCAGCACUGGUUGCCAUUCCUAUGCUUUGGUACGAUUCUGAGAAAUCAAUGCUGAACCUUGGCCUUGUCUUCACCUCAUGUGGUUUCCUUUACGUCCUCCUCCCAUGGAGCUUCAUUCCUGACUGGGUGCCUGGUAUUGGGAAAGUGGACCAGGGGACAGCCACAGCAAUUCUUCUUGCCGGUGUUGGAAUAUGUGGGCUUGUCUUUUAUGGAGAGAUGCCUGUUGAAAGGGAAGCUCUGGACACAGUUUCGCCUGAGCAGCAGACUCAAUGAACAAGCACGAGCUUGCAAAUUUCUUCUUGCCUGGUGCGAAGAAUGACAUUUGCAGCAGUAGGGCAAUUCUUCUGAUGAAACCUAAUGGGAAUAGAUUUUUCUCCGCGUGGAGAAGUGACGGCUAGAUGCUUUUUUGGUGGUAGCUGCAGCUGUGGGUGUUUCCGAAUCUCUUGGAGUCAAAUGAAGGAAGGAAGGAGAACUUUUGCUCCCAAGCGUUGUUCUAGUGGGUCCUCAUCACUUUCUUCUUGGGUCUUUAGGUUGUUCAUAGGAUGCAGGCUAGCAUGAACUGACGGGAGAGGAAGGCCACACACGGAUACGUACAUGCUAUCGACGAAGGAUAUUUUGUUAUUCCUCUGAGAUCAUUUUUCAAGGUUGCCUUCUUGUGAUCUUGCAUCCAUUGGAUGCAUUGAUAUGGACUUAAUAAAUAACUGCUCAGGAA